UUCACGGCGUCGGGGAACGCUAAACUAUUAAAAUCAUCGAGUCUCAACGCGACGUGACGCACCGCGCCGAGCGUCAAAGAGCAACUAGGCGUCUGAAUGAACGAAAUUCCGUUGCGGAGCGUCUCAAUGUUUGUGUACGCGUCGAGGGUAAACACAGCGCGCGCGACAUUUUUUGCACGCGCCGCGAGCAACCGCCGUGUGCCGUCUCGUACCAGUCGCGCGGUAAAUCGCGCGUAGUAAGUGUCGUUUAUGUAGUCGGCCCGUCUUUGACGCUGAAUGUUACGUGUGAGUAAUUAUUCGGGAAUGUCGAUCGAAGUGUAAUCGCGACGAAGAUAUUCUUUCGUCAUGUAAUCGUAAUUACUUUCGAACGCGCGAUCGCGAUCUGUGUUACCGGCCGGCCUUAUUAAGUGUCGCGCGAUAGAUCGUGGAUAGUAUCUACUUCCCAAAGCUGGUAAAUCGUUGUCGAAACACGUCAAAAAGUUACGCGAUAGUACCGGGCUGUGCCGUUUGUGGCAUCGAAUUCACGAUUCGUGUUGCGAGUUACGUGGAAUUUAAGGACGCAAGUGAGGUUAUGUCGCCUGCGAUGUAGUGGGGUUCCCCGCUGCUCUCACAGUCGUCUCAGAUUCUCGCUACUUUGCACUGUUUCGUAGAGCGAGUGUAUCGUAUGAACAUGUGAGAAACUGAUAUUAAUUUCGCGAUGGACGGGAGUUUUAAAACUGUCGAGUCUGAAUGCAUCGCCGUCACGCGUGAAAGGAGAGGAUACAUAUGCUCUCCGCGAGAGACAAUCCGAACGUGUCGUUCGUAUACAAGUCGAGAAUAAACAGUGUGCGUAGUGCAGCGUUGUUUUUUGUACAUGCCGCGAGCGAGUGCCGUGUCGCCUCAUGCAAGUUGCGCAAUAAAUCGCGCGUAGUCGGCCCGUCUCUGUCUGAUUUUACAUCUGAAUAAUUCGAGAGUGCGAAUAAUUAUUCGAGAGUGCGGAUGAUCGACGAAGACGCUUUCUCACGGUGUAACGCAACUAUUUUCGAACGCAUGAUCACGAUUCGUGUUACUGGCCGGCGUCGUUAGGUGUCGUGGAUCUGGGAUAGGGUUCAUUCGCUGUCAAGUGGUCGUCCGAUUGCGUCGGAAACGCGAUAGUACUCGGGUUGUGUCGCUUGCGUGUCAUCGGAUUCGCGAUUUGUCCUGUGAGUUAUUUGGGAUUAACGUAACGCAAGAGAUUGUGUCGCAAUGCGUACUGUGUACUGUCGUCACUUAUUCUUAGCGUCAUCUUAGACCCGGGCCAGCUCGCAUCGCGUCGGAGUAUCGUAUCCGGGCCAGCUCGCAUCGCGUCGGAGUAUCGCGUGAGUAUAUUGCAAUAAUAUACGAGUGGCUGUGAGUGUUGCUACGCAGCGCACGAGACACGUAAAGUAUUAAAAUUAUGAAAUCUCAAUAUAUCGUACGACAUCGCGCGUGAAAAGAGAGGGAUUAUGUAUAGUCACCGUGAAACAAGCGCGGACGUGCCGCAAUACGCAGAUUGCGGGGAGGAAGCGCGCGCCAUCUUCGUAACGUCAUAUUUUGAAUUCGCUGUUAUCUUAGUACCGCUGCUGUCUUAUUCGCGCCACUUUGGUCGUAGAUCGUACGUAGUACGCGUACUUCGCGUUGUCCGUCCGUCUAAUGGUGGAUUUUGCGCACGGAUGAGUAUUCGGAAGUGUCGAUUGGAAGGCAUCGAGUGAUCGCGACUAACUCGCGAUUAUCAUGGGGUAAUUGUAGCGUGAUCGCGCGACUAUAAUCCGCGUUAUCGAGUAUCGUUGUGUACGCGUCGCGCAAUGAAACGUCGGCAGCGUCCAUUCAUCUGGCCGUCGAUCGUUUGGACGCGCUGCGAAGGUACGCGAAAUCGUGCUGUUUCGUGUAUGAUAUUCGAUUGGCGCUUUAGUGCACGCUUUAUGCGACACGUACGCGCAUAACGAACGCACGAGCGGGAGUGACUUUUAUUUUCGGGGCGAACGCCGCGGUCCACAGCAAAAUGGCCGAGGCAUUUUUCAGCUUCGCUUAUUAAUCGCGCGCAUAAUGUCGAGUGGAGCGGGUCGGUCGAUUGUUGCUCGCCCGCGAACGUGCCGAUAAUUUGUCGUCCCGUUUACGGUAUUUGCUCCGGUGAUUUUCGGCGAUUUUAUAGUUGCAUAUCACAGCAUUCGUGUACGGUGUCCUGUUAUUGUCUGCUCGCGAUCGCAAAUAAAUCGUCGGCGUGUUUCCCACUCUCGCUCACCCGCUUAUUACGCGCUGAUCGUAAUCACCGGGAGUGCGUUAAAAUCAUAAUACCGGGAGUGCGACGGAGCUGUCUCUGGAGGAGUCGAGGGCCAUCAGACAACCACCGAUGCGGAAAAUGGAGCAACCGAGAGGUAGAGAUAGAAAGAGACAAAGUUCCGCUGGUGAACAUCAGCGUGGUGGAGGGAAGGCCCGCCGAAUUACCGUGCGACAUAACUCCUCCCGGCGAAGACACACUGCACAUGGUCUUCUGGUUUAAGGACGAAGCCGGAGUACCGCUGUACACAAUCGACGCGCGAGAGAAGCCAGUGACCAAGGCGCAGCAUUCGUCAGACUCCGGCGUUUUCGGACCGCGCGCGUUCUUCCGCACGGCCUUCCCGAGCCCGGCGGUUCUGGUGAUUGACGACAUAAAGCGGCACGACGCGGCCACGUACAGAUGCAGGGUGGACUUCCGGCAGGGUCAGACGCGCAGCUUCCGCUACAACCUGACCGUGAUCGUUCCACCGGAACAGCCAACCAUUCUGGAUCGAUGGGGUCGCAUCUUGAACGGCACAGCUGGCCCUUAUGAGGAAGGCGAUACACCGUAUCUCACGUGUCGCGUCACGGGCGGCAAACCGCAGCCCAUGGUCAGAUGGCUCAAAAACGGUCGGGUGAAAGACGAGGAGUACGAAAAUAAUGCUGGCGAUGUGAUCGAGAAUAGAUUAACGCUGCAACCCAUCACCCGGUCCGAUCUGGGUUCAAAUUUUACCUGUCAAGCGCGCAACACGGACUUGGUGGAUGCGAAGGAAACGUCGAUUUCCUUGGACCUUAAUCUGAAACCCCUGACCGUGAUCAUAAGGCGGCCGGGGAGGAAAGGGACCGGCAACGAGUCGCUGUUGGCGGGCAAGCGAUACGACAUGGAGUGCGAGACCACUGGUUCAAGGCCACCCGCGGUGAUAACCUGGUACAAAGGCCGCAGAAGACAGCUGAAGCACACGACGGAGGAGAGAUCGGAAAAUCGAACCGUCAGCACAGUGGAGUUCGAGCCGGGCGUGGAGGAUCAUGGGAAAUCUAUCACCUGCCGAGCGGAGAAUCCAAACGUGACCGGACUCUUCGUCGAGAAGUCUUGGAAGAUCGACGUCGUGUAUCCGCCGAUAGUAUCGUUAAACCUCGGAUCGACCUUAAGCCCAGAGGACAUCAAGGAAGGGGAUGACGUGUACUUCGAGUGUCAUAUUAGGGCCAAUCCACCUUGGUCUAAGCUCAUCUGGAUACACGACAACCAAAUACUAGCGCACAACACGUCGGCGAGGAUCAUUUGGUCGAAUCAGAGCCUCGUCCUGCAGAGCGUGACAAGAAGCAGCGCCGGUCGCUACGUCUGUGCCGCGACGAACGCGCUCAACGAGACGCGCAGUGAGCCGCUGCACUUUCGAGUCAAAUUCGCGCCGGUGUGUAAGGACGACCGGAUCGUGGUAGUAGGUGCAUCGAGGGGCGAAUCGCUCGACAUCGCCUGUAGGGUCGAGGCCGAUCCGCCGGCACACAAUUUCCGCUGGAAAUUCAACAACAGCGGCGAGACUCUGGAGGUAGCACCUGGUAGGUUCUCCAUAGAGAAGUCGAGCGGCGUCAGCGUGCUGAGAUACACGCCGACCACCGAGCUGGAUUACGGUACCCUCUCGUGCUGGGCGGACAAUCUCGUCGGUACUCAGUCGAGACCGUGUCUCUUCCAGCUGGUAGCAGCCGGCAAGCCAUUCCCGGUGCGCAACUGCACUCUGGCGAACCAGACGUACACCAGCGUGGAGGUCAAAUGCGUGCCGGGAUACGACGGCGGGCUGCCGCAGAAAUUCGUUCUGGAGGUUUAUCACGGCGACAUCGACUUCCUCCCCAGCAGCCAGCCUCUCUACAAUGUCUCCAACCCGGACGAGCCGAGCUUCGCCCUCGCCGGGCUCGAGGCGUCAGUCGAGGCCGGCGUCCACGUAGCGGUCUACGCCGUCAACGCCAAGGGUCGCAGCCAGCCGGUCAUCCUCAGCGAGGUCACUUAUCGCGACGCUGAGAAGCAUACCGGUCAAGACGCCAACAUUGUGCUGUCACCCUUGAUAGGUGUGGUGGUCGGUGCUCUCGUGACCUUGGUCCUCAUCAUCCUGGUUGUAGUGGUGCGAGUACGUCGGGAGCGCGUGGCGAAACCGCGGCACGAGAAGCCGGCGGAACUCAGCGAGUUGCCGCCCCAACAAUACCCCUUGCAGAAUCCGCAGCAGACCGUAGAGACUGAUCCCGACGUGAUCCCGAACAAGUUCGAGGGUAACCUCGUGGAGGUCAGCCCGCCGAGUUACCCGGGCGGUUAUCCCCCAGAGCACUGGGUCACGCCCGGGCCCACGCCGAGCAUAGACGAGCUCUGCCACAAGUUCGCGGGCAGGCCGACGGAGCUGAGGUUACCAUCGAGAAGCACGAUACCGAGUCUGCCGGGGAUGCCGGUGACGGGGGUAAUGAUGGGCGCCGGACAGGGCGUCGUCAUCGGCGGUACUCAGGGUGUCGUCGUGGGCGGCGGACAGGGCGUCGUCGUGGCGGGCGAGUGCCUCGACGGCGAGGCGAUCAAGCGGAGACUGAUGGCGAACAGGCUACCGGAGAGCUGCGUCUAGAGAAGAUCGACUCGUGCCGCGGGUGACGCGGUGCCGCGAUCGUCGCCGCGAACAGUCGCAGCUUAGACCUUACGGCGACACUCGAGGGACUCGCACGACGUCGCGAUCGUCGCGUGCGGCCGUCGCGUGGAGGUCGCGAGACUCACGACGGCCAGACCUCGACGAGGGACUCGAGAGAGCACACGAGAAUCGUCGCGUGUUCGAGAGAGCGACUUUCCAUGAGUAUCGUGACGGCUGUCUGUCGGCUUCUCGAGUCGCCGAGUGCCACCCGUGACACGAAGUUCGCCAGCGUCUCGCGCGAUCGAGACGCUCGGUGAGAAAGCGCGGGAAUGUUGGUUUGUAACGGCAGCUGCGGUCGGCAAGACGCCGGAUCACGCGUUGGACUUACUGCGUGACCUCGCGGUCUUGGCGCGGGACCGAUUUCGCGCGCGAAUUGCCAUCGGAAUCGGGAGCGACUCCGCGCGGUCUGAAACGACGCCGCGAGACAUGGCGCGUGACAUUCGCGCGGGGACGGCUUGCGGAGCAGUUCGCGAGACUAGAAACAUCGUCCGACGCGAUUGUUUCUCGAAAUACGAUCGCCGUGCGCCAGUUCUUCUCCUCCGGGAGCGCGGAGAACAGCGGAAGUAUGCGGGCGAAGUUAGCAGGCAACUUCGCAAAGUUCAUCGCCUCGGCGGGCACCCGCCAAGUUCCCACAUUCCGUUUUCGGCCGUCGACCCAACUCCCCGUCUCUUUGCCCCCUUUUUAACUUCGCACGCGAAUGAUCUCCGACGGCGGUGUCUUCUCGGAUAUUUCUACGAGUUCGCAUUCAUCCCUCUUCAUCCUCUCUCUCCUUUCUCUUUCCCUCGACAAGCACGGGAAACUGAAUUGUGAGUUACGGAAUGCCGCUUAGAUUAAACGCCGAAUUUCAAGUGCGUUUGCGGGGGACGACGUUUUUUCCGUCGAGGGACUACUUCGCGUGUCGCGCGGUCAUCGACGGAAAAGCACUUCGAGACCUGUCUGUUUUUUUUUCUGGGCAUUUCCUCCCCUUCAGUUUUUGCCAAAUUUAAAUUCAUGUGCACUCAAUUCCGCGGAUGCCUUAUCAUUCGACAGUUACCAAAAGUUCUCAACCAGCCACAUUCUAGCUACACGUUUCUCGUCACUGUUAAUUAAAUCCGCGAGACAGAUCGACCCUAUCUACCAAGAUUCGGUGCCCGUACGUCUCCGGCGUCACAUUAUCAAUCUCUCUCUGAUUACCACUGCACUUCUAAUUUCCGACUAAUAAAUUCAACGAACGUCCGAUUCUACUGCUAAAUAUUUGAACGAGUCGACGGUAAUAGCAAACGUAAGAGACAUCGCGGCACGUCGCGACAAGUACCGGUUGAGUAUAUCGAGAAACGAGCAGAAGACUACUUUCCGAUAACGUACCUGUGAUACGUCCCGUCGAUCGCGCAUCGCUAUUAUCGACACUCCCGACACUUGCUUCCACACGAGACCACUCACUUUCUACCGACGAAAUACGCGCAAAACGCGGAGCGAUGUCGAUCGAUGCGUUAAUGGCGGCCAUUCGACGUAAAAAGAUCGAGGACGCGCGCACCGCGAACGUGUCGUCGUUCUACAACUACACGCUCUAUACAUCCCUCUUUCUUUACUCUCUCUCUCUCUUUCUCUCUCGCCAACAGACCGACGCCACUGCUCGAGAUUCGACGUCGCGUAUGUCUCUGGCGUCAUUUCAUCUUUUUCUCUGAAUCGAAUAUCAUUGAAUUUCUAAUCGCCAAUCAAUCAAUCCGACGAUCGUCCGAUUCUAUUACUACGCGAGCGAGUCGACGGUAACGGCAAGCGUAAGAGACAAGCGCCGGAUAUAUAUAUACAAAAACAAGCAAAUUACGUUUUAAUAACGUACCUUCCAUACAUCCAAACGAUCGCACAUCGCUAUUGUCGGCACUCCCGAUACUUAUUUGCGCGCGAGAUUCACUUUCGACCGAGAAAAGUUGCGUAAAACGCGAAGUGAUGUCGAUCGAUGUGUCAGUGGCGGCUGCUCGGCGCGAAAAGAUCGAAAUCCAAGAUGUCCGCGCGAUUGAAGCUGUCGCCUCGUACAAAAGCGCCAUCUGCAUGGUUGAUACCGUACUACUGUUCGAUACGAUUAUCGAUAGAUGUAUCCUCGAUAGAUCAAAUUGAAAUAUUUUCGGCCAGUUGUAUUCGUUUCUAGCUGCGCGUUUCUCAUUACUGUCAAUUAAUCCAGAAAGAACGUUUUCACGCUUUCUGAAUUAAUCGAUAGAAUCGUGAAAAAUAUGCAGGUAGAUAGGAAUACGUGUUGGCCGCAAACUUUUAGCGACUGUUGAUGAUAAGACAUCCGCCUUAAACAGAGUGAAUAGGACAUCCUACGAAAUUUGCGAUCACUUUGCCAAUAAUAUGAUAUAGAUUUUUGCGUCUUGUCGGCAUCUUCCCUCAUCCUUCCUUUAUGGCUCAUAUUCCUCGUUCUUUUUUUCUUUUAUGGGGAGUGAAACGCGAUUACUAUUCGCCUCCCGCGCGAACUUGACUCGCAUCUCGCGGCGUCCUUAAAUAAAUCGGAAUCGUAGCAACGAGGCGUCGAUCCGGAAGCAUCAGGCCGUGAAACACGAGGAAAGAUAAAAGGCUCUCGAACGAACCCCUUUUCCGAUGGCUCGAAUGAAGACGAAUGGAGGAACCGCGCGAAAAUAUACCGGGAAUAAGAGGGGGUGACGAGCGCGAGGAGGAGACGAGGAAGAAACGCGGAAUGAAAGGAAGAAAGAGAAUGCUCGAUGCCACUUUGGCGUGUAGUUUGAAGGCGUGAAAUGCGGUUUUAAGGUUGAACGAUCGGCUUCGAUAUCGCGGUAAAGGGGGAGGAAAAAAGAGAAAAACAGACAGAGAGAGCAGGGGGAAAGAGGAGAAGAAACGAAGCAUCGAUAUUCCGUUUAAAUCACAGAUUCGAUAUUUUUGAGGCGCAACUUUCGCACGCGAUAUCGGCGAUAUCGAACGAUAUCCGCGCUAUUUACGCUCGCAGGCUAUCGAACGUGGCAAACGAUAUUAUAAAAUUUCGGAGACAUACUCUCCUUUUAUGCAAACGCGUCGACGAGUCAUCGAACGCAUGUCGAAUCUCCAAGACAGACGGACGGAUAGACAGGUGGACCGUCACCGUGUCUCUGCCGCGUAUCGUUACAGUCUCGAGUAAACGAACAACUAAAAUAAAUUAACGAACGGUUCAGCGAUGAGACCAUAUCCAUAUCUCCACUGCCAUGUCUCGGGAGGGACGAAUAUAUUCGCGAACAUUCGCCGAGCCGGAGUGUGACGGACAAAGUGAAACGAUUCAACCGUGUCCAGACGCGCGUUACUCUAUUGGUAUAAUAUGUAAUUGUGAUAGAGCAUUUAUAAAUUUUUCUACCGCUGACAAUGAGUUUUUCUGUACUCCCGCGAACGUCGAAUAAUCUCGCUCGCGCGGACUAGCGUGAGAAACUCGAACAUUCCCGAUGAUACUGCAGAGCAUAUCCUCACUGGGUGCGUGUUGUGCGCGCACGUGUGUGUGUGUAAAUAUAUACAUAGUUUUAACGGGUUCCCCGUGAAAUCGUUGUCACCGUUACUUCGCGCGAUUUUAUUCGAGAAAGAGAGGAGAGAGAGAGAGAGAGAGAGAGAGAUAGAAAGAGAAAAUAGCGAGGAAAUAGCGAGGAUGAGGAGAUGAGGAGGAGCACGGUGCGACGUCCGCGGAUCUCUACGCCCGCGUGAAGCGAAACUUCACUCUGUAAGGUUGCAAAAACUGGUCUUCCACGUGACACUUCGUGCAACGAAGUCAUGAAACUUCUACGGCGAGAAUAGAACUAACGAAUCGGCGUAUCCCUCUAAUGGAAUGGAGUAACGUGAACUUUGUUCGCGAAAAAGUUCGCGCGCUUCGAAUGAUCGAUAGGCGUAAAAAAAAAGGAAUACGAGUGGCGUGGGCAGAAGGCGCGAGAGAAAGUGAAAGAAUGAGAGUAAACGAAUGAAAGAACGAAUGAA